AAAAAAGAAUCGGGAUCACAUAUUGCUGCUCCCCACCCCCAAAACCUUAAAACCCUAGACCCAGAUCCCAACCUCCAUUUCCCGCUCCCAUUCGCCAUUGUUAUUGUUAUCAAAUAAUAAUGUAUGGCGGUGAUCCUCAGCACCACCACCAGCAGCACCAACGCCCCCCGCCGGGGCCUCCAUUGCCACCGCCGAUGCAGCAGCAGCAGCAGCACCCAAAUCCCCACCAAUUCAUGCACCAACAGCCGCCGCAUGAGUUUCAGAGGGGCCCACACCCCCCGCAGGGUCCACCGCCGCCGCAAAUUAUGCGCCAGCCCUCUGCUUCAUCCACCACUCUCAACCCUCCCCCGCCUGAAUUUCAUCAACAGCAGCACCAGCAUCAGCAGCAGCAGCAGCACCACCACCACCCAAACACUCAGCCUCCUUUCUCCGGGAUGCAGCAGCCUUACGAUGCUCAUGCUGACUUUUUAGCUGCAAAAAGAAUGCGGAAAAUUGGACAGCGACGAGCAGUUGACUAUACGAGCACUGUCGUACGUUAUAUGCAGAUUCGCAUGUUCCAGCGGGAUUCAAAGGACAGGACAGUAUUGCAACCCACCCCCGCAGCGGCUAUUGAUAUGUUGCCUACUGUUGCCUACUUAGAUAAUCCAUCCACUAGUUUUGCAGCAAAGUUUGUACAUACAUCAUUGAACAAAAACAGAUGUUCAAUCAAUAGAGUUUUGUGGACUCCUAGUGGGAGGCGUCUUAUUACUGGAUCUCAAAGCGGGGAGUUCACUCUGUGGAAUGGCCAAUCCUUCAAUUUUGAAAUGAUACUGCAGGCUCAUGAACAAGCAGUCAGAUCUAUGAUAUGGAGUUAUAAUGAGAACUGGAUGGUCACCGGUGAUGAUGGUGGUGCUAUAAAGUACUGGCAAAAUAACAUGAAUAAUGUGAAAGCUAAUAAAUCUGCCCAUAAAGAAUCAGUCCGUGGCUUAAGUUUCUGUAGGACAGAUUUAAAGUUUUGUUCCUGUUCAGACGACACUACAGUUAAAGUUUGGGACUUCGCUAGGUGCCAAGAGGAACGCUCGUUGACCGGCCAUGGCUGGGAUGUAAAGUGUGUUGACUGGCAUCCUACUAAGUCGUUAUUGGUUUCUGGUGGGAAAGACAACCUUGUCAAACUCUGGGAUGCUAAGUCCGGAAAAGAGCUCUCGUCAUUUCAUGGGCACAAAAAUACUGUACUUUGUUGUAAAUGGAAUCAAAAUGGUAACUGGGUUUUAACGGCUUCAAAGGAUCAAAUUAUUAAGCUUUAUGAUAUACGGGCUAUGAAGGAGCUUGAAGCAUUUCGUGGGCAUCGUAAGGAUGUCACUGCAUUAGCUUGGCAUCCAUUUCAUGAGGAAUAUUUUGUUAGUGGUAGUUUUGACGGAUCAAUAUUCCAUUGGCUUGUUGGGCAUGAUACUCCCCAGGUUGAGAUACAGAAUGCUCAUGAUAACAGUGUUUGGGACCUUGCUUGGCAUCCUAUAGGAUACCUUCUUUGCAGUGGUGGCAAUGAUCACGCAACAAAAUUUUGGUGCAGAAAUAGACCUGGGGAUACAGCUCGUGACAAGUUUAACACAGGACAAAAUCAAGGCUUUGCUGAGCAGAACAAUAUUAUGGGCGGCCGUGUGCCUGUCCCGUUUCAGGUGGCUGAACCCCCUACUACACCUGGACCAUUUGGGUCUGGGUUGGCUCGGAAUGAAGGAACGAUUCCAGGGAUUGGAGCUGCUAUGCCUCUACUAGAUUCAUCUGCUCAAGGAGAUCAGCAGCCACCUAUGUCAGCACCACCUCUUCCACCUGGUCCACAUCCAUCUCUUCUGGCAGGCAAACAACAACCGCCUUAUCAACAAAAUGCUCCAUCAGUCCAACAGCACCAACCCCAGCACAUGUCCCCCAUGUCAAUGCCACCACAAAAUAUGUCUCAGAUGCAACCUCCUUCGCAUCUGCCUUUGUUGCCACAUCCUCAUUUAUCUCGUCCUCCACCCCAGCUACAACCGCUUAAUACAUCUGCCGGAGCACCUUCUUCAAUGCCAGGAUCUAUGCCUAUCCCUUCAAUGCCUGGUCCAAUGGGGAUGCAUGGUGGUAUGAAUCAAAUGGUUCCUCAAAUGCCCCAAGGACACUUUAUGCAAAUGAAUCCCAUGCCUUCUGGAUCUGGUCCUCCUGGAAAUAUGCCUCCAGGUGGUAACCAAAUGUUCCAACCAGGGGGACCCUUUAACAGGCCCCAAGCUGGGCAGAUGCCGAUGAUGCCGGGAAUUAACCCUUACCAGUCUGGAAAUCCAAAUGGCCCUGGAAUGACAUCAAAUUACAAUCUUCCGUCUGGGAUGCCUCCACCACUACCUCCCGGCCCGCCUCCACACGGCCAAGCGCAUCAAUAGAUGGAUUGAUUUUGUAUAUCCAUCUUCAUUCCUUCCUUUUUUUGUAGACUUGUUGUAUUGUAAAUUAUUGCACCGUCUUCCAUCUUUCAUGACUAUGUAGUGCCCAUUUUAAUUCUGCGAGUUGGAUUUUGGUUUUGAUAACAAGGUUUGAGUUGGCACACUAA